AAGAGGGAAGAGUCCAUGUUCAGAGCUUUGUUUUCUGACAAUGGUUAAAACAAAACCCAUUUCAUCCUUGUUUUUUUGCAAGAGGCAGAGAUUCUCCUUUUGGGAAGACCAAGUUCUUUCUCUCUAGUUCAGUGAUCUUAGUUUGUUCAUAUACAUUGAUGAAGCUCUGAUCUAGGAAGAGUUUCUAAGGAAUUAACUCAGGAGAAAAUGCUGACUGAUGAUAAAGCAGAGAAGAAAUGGAGGGAAAAUAAUGUGGAAGGAGAUGAUGGUCUGAGGACUGUAGAGUGUCUGAGAGGAAGAUUGCUUGCAGAGAGAACGGCUUCAAGGGUUGCGAAAGAAGAAGCAGAGCUGAUGCAGAACAAGUUAAUAGAGCUGGAAAGACAACUAAAAGCAGAGAUAGAAUCAAAGAACAGAGCCGAAAAGAAGCUGAAAUUCCUGACGAAAAAACUGGAAUCCUUGAAACUUUCGCCUAUUUCAGACCAGUUGAGUUCAUCGGAAACCAACCCAGGAAGUUGGGGUUCAGGAAUCACUGGUUAUUCUUACAACAACUGCAGAGAUUGUUCACCAGAAGAACCCAGCAAAGUUGAUGACACUGUGACCUCGAAAGAGUUUGCUAUUACAGCCGAUCUGGGUCUCAGAGAAUCCUCUAAUGGGGAGAAAGAGUCGAGUGGAGAGAACGAUCCGGUAGAGUACGUGGAUAACUCACUAGCAAUAGUUCCGGUAAACACGCCAACAGCUCCGAAACAGUCUCAGGAACGCAAGAUCAUCAACAGAGAGAGCGUAGGAGAUGUUCUUGCCGCUCUGAGGAAUGCUAGAGAGAAACUUCACAGCUCAAUGAGGAGAAGAGAUGGUAAUCAUGGUUUCCAUUCUUGCUCAGUUGAGCUGUGUGGUUGAGUUUAAGAGAAAAUAUUGCUUCAAUGGCUUAUUGAUGUUUCGUUGUUUCUUAGCUUUCGAAAAAUUUAUUUGAUCACUUGCGUUU